GAUGUAUCUGACCCCAAUCAGAAACAGAGUAAUUCCAUUGCUUGGUACGUGGUCCCGCGAGACUGCCGCGACGACGAAGUUUUGGUCAUGGCCCAGGAAGAGCAUGAGAUGAAUGAGCCAUAUUUGUCGUCGCGAGAUGGCAAUCAGUCAACCAAGGAUCUCAUUGUGUCCCAGGUCGAAGACACCAACGUCAUCACUGAGUGGGAUGCAAGCCUUUACAUGAGCUUCACUUGGGAAGGCCCUCUGACAAUCAUCAAAGUCAGCAGUCCUUUCCUGUAUCUUGUGAGUAGAUUAAUCAUGGCCGUUGAGACUUUU